CGAAAACGCCCCUCUUGAUCCCCUCUCAGACUUUCUAUCCAAUUCUUUUAUCAAGACAUUAAAGCAACCUCAGAUGAUCAUGCCUUCCUACCGUCUUGAACCAAUCAACUGCAGCCCUUUGGAUCUCGUCAAUUCAUCAAACCAACUUGGCUGUCAUAGUAAAGCGAGUACUGAUCAGAUCCCUCUGACCACUGCUACCUCAUUCCAUUUACCUUCACUUCAACUCGACUCAGAAGCCCUACUUAGCUUAGAAAACUUCAGCAUGAUCACCUUAUCCGCGGAGAAAGCCAACGAACCAUUGAUUAGGAGUUCCUUGGAGUUCUCAGAGGAAGAAAGCUUCAGCGAUGAAUCAACUUCCCAACGUACCUCUUUCCCGGGCUCUGCCGACUUCUUUCAUGCAAAUUACGACCAACAACCACCCUCUUCUUCUUCGUCUUCUGAGAAAAGCUCUGUGCUGCAAGAACUCGAUCCAUUGAGUCCAACUCCGAUCCUAUCAAGAGUAGCAGCAGAAGACUCGGGGAAGAAAGAUGUUCAACAGAUCAAUCCCCCAAGCAAACAUUCUUUCGCUUUCCUCAGUCAACCUUACAAGGCGCAUAUCUCUAAAUCAACUAGCAGAAGCACACUCAGUCAGAAACGUUCUCAGAAAUUCAACCAAGCAAGCCCCAAGAAUAAGAAGACUUCGACCCAAAGUGAGACCCACGAUGAUCAUCAACAAGAAGAGCAAGAGCGCUCCUCUAAAAGCAACUCGCCGACCAAGUCCAAGUUGGGUUCCCAAAAAGGAGACAGACAAUCGGGCUCUAAUCACUUGGAAGUAGGCCCGACCACUUCGUCCAGUUAUCGCAACUCAUCGCCUCCCAAUCGUCCUGAUCGUAGUCCAGAAUGCCAAUCGCAUACGAUGUCUUCAGUCUUCGAAGACGACUCUGACGACGAAACCGACGUCCAUUAUCUCAAGAAAGUCUUGCCCGCUUGGAUCACUAACAGCAACAAUAACAAGAAAUCCAAGUCUUCUCCGCCUCCUAUUUCCACUACUCCGCCCGCCACUUCCAAACUCGUCAAGCAGAAAUCUCGCAUCUUUAAGACCCAUCGGUCUUCGCUGUCGGCUCCUCUGAACUCCUCUUCCGUACCCUCUCCUUUGUCAUAAAUCUUUCCAUUCGUUUGUAUAACUUCUUGAUGGACUUUUGUUUCCUUAUAUGUAGUAAGAUCCUUCCUCGUGAGAAUCUGUAGUAAUCUGUAAACCAACUUGUCUUCACAAUGUGUUUAAUCCACCUUCCUUUUUGUUUUUCUCGAAAUUCCUUGACUUAUUAUAUAUCAUCUUUCCGGGAUUUAUCUAUCAGCAGUCUUUUUUUUUGUCCUCUUUUGAACCAUCCUUCCUUAUAGUAAUUUGUUACCAUCCAGACAAUUGACCACGAGGUCCUUUUCUUACUUCUACCCCCAAUUUUUUUACUUGCCUGUAUGCAUCUUGAUUGACAUAUACAUGUACCAUCUUCCCAUCUCAAUCAAACAUACCGUAAAGCAUAGUGACUGGAGAAAAGACCAUC